GAAACUCAGCUGCCGAAGAAGAGUAUAAAUGAAAGAGGCUUUGACUAAAGAUGAAGUCAUUUUCAUUCCAUCGAUCGAUCUCAUCAUCUUCAUCAAUGAAUCAUCAAUAAACAUCUUCCCUUUCCCUUUUCACCUAAAAGAAUCCGAAACCCAGAAAUCUUCAAUCCAACACAGGAAAACAGAAGAAAAAUCGAUGAAGAUCGUUGCUUUACAGGUUUCGUUUAUCGUUUUCCUUUCAACCCUUUCCUUUACAGCUGCUUCAUGUCCGAUGGAUCUCAAUUACGUGACGAGAAUCCCAUGGAACUCAUCCGUUUGCCGUAAUUUCCGCCCAUCUAACUUCACACCCAGAGCCGAAAUCUUUAGGCAAAACUGCUGCGUGGCUCUAUUAUCUGUCUUCGGCAUUGGACUCGCCGAGCAUCUCAAAGAAACGACCCUUUUCCAGCUCCCGGAUUUUCCCUCUUCCGUCGCCUGUCUCCGGGAUUUCCAGGCGAAGCUCGACGCUCUUUCUCUCCCGAACGACGUCGCUUCCCUUUGUUUCGACCCGAUGCAGUUCGUGAUCACGCCCAAUCUUUGCGCCAAAAUACAAACGAUUCCAGAUUGGGUCGCUAAGUUAGGCGAAUCCACGGCUCUCGAUCAAGGUUGCAGGGCCGAUCUCAGUGAUCUAACGGCUUGUGACACUUGCCUCCGUGCCGGGAACGAGGUUCAUUCCAGGUUGCUCUCGAUCGACGGUAAUAGUUCUCACGGCACCGAUUGUUUCGAUUUUAUUGUUCUUUAUGCUGCUGGUAUUGUUAAUGAAUUUGGACCUGAAAGUAAUGGCGUUGUUAGGUGUGCAUUUGCUUUAACUUUGAAUGAAAAAUCUGGUUCGAAUAAUCGACAUUCGGCUCUUGUUUUUGGUCUAACUGGUGCUGCUGUUGCUGUUCUUGUUACCUCUAGUUUGCUGGGUUUUUACUUUUGGUAUGAAAAACGAUUUAGGAAGAACAAAAAUGGUGGCUCUGGUUCGAAUUUUGAUUAUCCAGAGGAGCAAGGGUCUAGGCCUAGAUUAAGGCCUAAUACAGGUUCAAUUUGGUUCAAACUCCGCGAUCUCGAGAAGUCUACGGAUAACUUUUCGACAAAGAAUUUCAUUGGUAGAGGAGGUUUCGGUUUCGUUUUCAAAGGGGUUUUACCGGAUGGGACGGUGGUCGCCGUUAAGAGGAUAUUGGAAUCGGAGUUUCAAGGUGACGAGGAGUUCUGUAACGAGGUCGAGAUUAUCAGCAACUUGAAGCAUAGGAAUCUUGUGCCUCUUAGAGGGUGUUGUAUGAUCGAUGAUGAUGAGAUUGGAGUCGAUGAUCAUGAGAAAGGGAGUCAGAGAUACCUCGUGUAUGAUUAUAUGCCGAAUGGGAACCUCGACGACCAUUUGUUCCCGUCGAAAACGGGGAGUAAACCGUUGAGUUGGCCUCAGAGGAAGAACAUAAUCUUGGAUGUGGCCAAGGGGUUGGCUUAUUUGCACUAUGGAGUGAAGCCUGCUAUAUAUCAUAGAGAUAUUAAGGCUACGAAUAUAUUGCUCGAUGCUGAUAUGAGAGCGCGAGUGUCGGAUUUCGGGUUGGCAAAGCAGAGUAGGGAAGGGCAGUCUCACCUCACUACUAGAGUGGCUGGGACUCAUGGAUACUUGGCCCCUGAAUAUGCCCUUUACGGUCAGCUAACCGAGAAGAGCGACGUUUACAGUUUCGGUGUCGUUGUUUUGGAGAUAAUGUGCGGGAGAAAAGCUCUUGAUUUGUCUUCAUCGAGCUCCCCACGAGCAUUUUUGAUAACCGAUUGGGCUUGGUCGUUGAUUAAGGCCGGAAAAGUCGACGAGGCUUUGGAUCGUUCGUUGAUCGAUAGUGAGGAUUCUGUGAAUUCGAAUCCAAAGGCUAUAAUGGAGAGGUUUCUGCAGGUUGGGAUUUUGUGUGCUCAUGUAAUGGUUGCUUUAAGGCCUACCAUUUUGGAUGCACUGAAAAUGUUGGAAGGUGAUAUUGAAGUCCCCCCGAUUCCUGAUCGACCGAUGUCUCUCGCCCACCCUUUGAUUUACAGCGACGGCAAUGCUUUCAGCAUCUCACCCCCAUUAAGCGGACCGCAACUGCAGAAGGGAGACAUGCUCAGGUAAUCUGAAAUGUUUGAUGAUCGACAUACGAUCAUCCAUGAAGCAAGCAUCAACCUCAUUUAGCUGCCAAAGAAGAUCGGGACGGUGAGAAAGUCCGGAAAUCGAUCAGUCAGCUGAAGAUUUCUGGCUCUUUACGUCGAACAUUCUACAUGAUCAUGAAAACCCAAAGUUGCAACUACGAUAUUUAAUUCAUUUUCGAUACGCAUACUGAAUCUAUGCCACUUCUUUCUCCAAAACCUGGAGAGCAUGGUCUUGAACUACCGUUCAUGGAGUGGCAAGCUUGACCGCUACGUUCUCUGCAGGUUAUCCGAGAGCGAUAUCGUAGAUAUCACGCAAAGAUUUCAAGCAGCAA